GCGCUUUGUUGUCUUGUUUGGUUUGGUUGUUGGAUGCGGUUUGUCUUUGAUUGAGUUUCGACAUUUAUUUUAGUUUACAGAAUUAUAUACAAUUAAUAAUUACACUUUUUAUAAGUACCUUUUUUGUUGUGACAGAUAGAUUCCAAAUAUAAUAUUUUAAGUUUUCGUAAAUAUGUAAUGCCCCGUUAUACCGUGCGAGAGAAAAAGGAGUCUGGAGAAGUUCCACUAAUGCUCCGUCCAUUUCCUGUCAUGCUCAUGAACAUGUGACUUAUACUACGCGAUGGAAGAGGACAAUACUUGUGUGAAUGCGGUUCGUGAUACAAUCCAAUCAGAAAAUCUAAAUGGAGAUGCUCCAGAAAUAGCGCCAAAACCUGAUGUUGUGCAAACAGCUGUAGUGCCAAACGGAGUAGAUAAUGAUGAGAGUACAAACAAAGAUGAAAGCGGGGUCGUGCUUGACGGCGAUGAAGGGAAAGGAACAGUUAUAAGUUUAAAAGAGUCGUUGAUCGAACAAGAAGUGUGUGAAGUAAACGAUGAUGCCAGGUCGCUGGGAGAUCUGGAUAGUUUACCGGCAGGAGACGAGCUGGUGCUGGGAGCGGCGGGCAGCGACAGCGGGGUAGAAGGCUGUGGCCGCGCGCUCAGCAGCGGCGGAGGCUCCAGGUCCUGCGCUUCCAGUGUGGUCUCCUGUGGAUCCGGCUGCGGUUCCGAGAGCUCCUCUCUGGCUGGCGCCCCGCCGAGACCGCGACGAAGAGUCAACGUAACUGUCACUGAACCUAAACGUAGCUCUCCAUUAGGCACGUCUACUCCUCGCCCAGUUACCGCUCCUCGCGGACCCAAUCUAGCCACACGAGAACGAGCUAGAAGCAGAGAGAAGCCCACUCCGCCUGAAAAGCCAAGGCCGCUUACUCCAAAGCCACGUGUCCGUCCGACUACCGACCUGCCUAAUCUCGUUCGUGAGAGUCCUGCGUUACGCGCGAAACCCACAAAGACUUCGACGGCUCGAUGUCGUACUCCUAAUUCCCCGAGUGAAGAAAAGAGGUGGCCGGCGAACGGUCCUCGGUUGCCGACGCCAGUGGACGCUACUGCGGCGCGAAUCACCGUUGACAAGUACGGGACAUUGCCGCGGAGGAGGCGGGAGGCCGAUAGCGAGGGCUCCCCUAAGCAUGACAGCACUCCACCCUCGUCGCGAAGGCCUACGGUCGUGAGGUCGUCCUCCUCGCGGUCCACCACCAAGACUCGCGUCAGGAUCUAUGCAGAAAAGACCUCUCAGACGGUUUUACUUGGAACUGAUGUAGAAUCUGCCUUAGCUGGAAUCAUCCCCAAUAUUGAAAGUCGUAUCACAGAAGUGAGCCGCUGCCACCGCGGCGUUCAGGCCAGCGGACGGGACGCGGAGACCGCGCGGCUGACGGCGGCGCUGGCGGCGGCCGAGGCGGGCGCGGGCGAGGAGCGCGAGCGCAGACAGCACGCGGAGGCGCAGCUGGCGGCGGAGCGCGCGGCCAGGCUGGCGGCCAUCGCGCAGCUCGAGACCAACGAGCAGAGGCUGCUAGAGCUGGCCGGCACUGGAGUGGAACCAGGUGCGGAAGGUUGUCUGAAGGCGCUGGACGAGCAGCUGCGCGCGGCGCGGUCACUGGCGGCCACUCAGCGCGGGGAGAUAGACCUGCUGCGGGUGAGCUGCGACAGACUGCAUGCUGAGGCGAGUAGCGCUCGCGAAUCUGCGCGUAUCCUGGAAGCGAGGCUGCACGAAGCGGAGCGCGAAGCGGCUGAGAUGCAAGACUUCCUGGCGGCCGAGACUGGCGCCUUGAACGACUCCCUGAGAGAAGCCGAGGCUGAGCUGGCCAGGGUCAACGCUGACUUGGAUAGGAGACGCGCGGAAUGCCGCCAACUAGUGCGCAUGUGCGAACAGAGACGGCAAGAGGCGCUGUCGGCCGCCGCGCGCGCCCGCUCCGCCGGCGGCGCCGCGCCCGCGCUCGACGCCCUAGCUAAGCGACUGCGCGCGCUCACUGCCGCCGUGCGCCUCGCCUACCAGCUGCCCAGGGACGCGCUGCAGCCCACCGUGUACCACAACGAUGUCUUCAGCCGCAGCGACAGCGGCGAAGCCCUGUCCCCGGAGGAGGAGCCCCGCGGCGGGCUGCUGGGCGCCGUGUCGCGCGCUCUCCGCGCCGCGCCGCCGCUGACGCCGGCGCCGGCGCCGGCCCCGGCUCCGGCUCCGGCUCCGGCGCCGGCGCCCGACGACGACCGCUCCAGGGUGUCGGACGACAACGACAACUCUGCGGACCUGCUCGACUCGGAGACCGAGCCCUGUCUCGUCACUGAUCCUGAGUACGCGGAGGAGUGGUGGUCGGGGGCGGAGGGCGCGGGCGCGUGGAGCGCGGACGAGCUCUCGCCCGAGCGCGAGGACUGCGACGACAGGGAACCGGAAUCAGCGUCGGCAUCCGAACGCGACUCAUUGCGACUCCUCUCCGCGGCCAUCGCACAGCGCCAGCGGUCCGAAGCCGAGGACGCCGAGCGAGGGUCGCUGCUGGAGCGAGUGCUGGCGCUCGACAACCGGCUGUCGGAGCUGCUGCGGGCGCUGAGGCUGGCUGCCGGCGCUGCCGCCGCCAAGGGGGACGAGGGCGGGGGCAAGCUGGCCGCCGCACUAAGGGAUAAGAUCGACGUGACGGAGAAGAACGUGGCUGAGGUGGUGGUCCGCAAGCUGGCGGAGCUCGACGCCAGUAAGAACAUGGUCGAGCAAUACCGCCACUCCAUUGAAAAUCUCAAAAAGCAGCUAGCACAAUCAGGUGAAGAUGAUGAUUUGGAGUUUAUUGAAGAGGAGUUGAAGUGCUGCAGCGAGAGCGAGCGCCGGCAGCAGUACGAGGCGCUGGACGCGGCGGCCGCGGCGCUGGAGCCGGCGCGACGCUGGCCUCGCCUCGCCGCGCUGCGGCUGCGUCUCGAGCGCCUCGCCUUCGCGCUCGCCUCGCCUCCGCCUCGCCACGCCGCCGAUAGCGUCGCCCACACGCUGCUCAACACCACCGCGUAAUCUUAGGGUAGUUGCCGUCGAGACAAAUCUAAUACUUUUGUCCAUGUGUCAAAAACAAAUAUAUCGCUUGGGCAAAGCGACGCCACAAAUCUUGAAGUCAAAAAGCGUUUCAAUCGUAUUUUAAUGAGAAUUAAAUAAUACUAAAUCAUACUAUAGAUCAAUUAAAGUGACUUUUGAUGGUCGUGUUAAAUUAUUGAAAUUUAUAAAUUUUAUUUUAUGCCCAGACAACUAUCUUAUUAUAGAAAUGAUUUAUAACCCAACGCGUCAGUUCUUAAUGCGAAUACCAAUACAAGGAAAGACCAGUAAAGUUCGUCUUUGAAUAUUUUUGUUAAUUUCAAGGAGUAUUACCAAGCAAGCGAAGUUAUAGUAAACGGCUCUAUCUCCGAUUGCUGGCCAUAAUAAUAUGUGCAAGUGACAAGCAUAAGUAGACCAUCAGAGUCGUAAUUGACUGCCUGCGAAACCCCGGCGAUGUUAGUCUUCAACUGCUUGCAACAGUUUCAAUAAUACUAUAAGAUCUAUGAUAUAAUGUACCAGAAUCAAUUUAUAAAAACUUUGUCCAUUCAAGAAAUGGCAAUAAUACGAAUUGAAAGUAAAUUUAUCUACGAAUAAUUUUAAGGAUAAUGUGAGACUAACCGAAUUAAAAGAUAAAGAAUGCUUUUACAGAAAUGCCAGAGAUUCUGAAUUAAAUAUUUGUCAUCGUGUGUUUGCAAUAACACAGAUAUAUACAUUAUACAGUCAAUACAGAAUUAUUAUAUACAAUAAGUAAUUUAUGAAGAUGCUCUUCGAAUUUGUAUAUGCAAUUAAUUCAUACUACAUACAGACAUAGGUACAGGUUGAUUUUUAACACUGCAUCAAUUUAAUAAUCCUAUAUAAAUGUUGAUUCUUAUGUUCUCCCUUAUAAAUUGGCUGGUCCGGACUUAGUAUCAGAAAUUGAAGUCAAUGUGAAUUUCUUUUGGAAGUUGUUGUAUUUCAUGUACUGUAAAUAUUGUAAAAAAUGAUGCAGUGUUCAAAAAAUCCCACUUUAUUGUUUUAGAUAUAUGCAUGUAGUCGUACUAAUUAAUGCCUUGCCUUUUAAAUGAGUAGAUGAAUGUCCGUCCGCGCACUCCAUGACGACUUGCCUGUGGUAGAUAAAAUAAAGCCUUCGUAACGUUGACAAUUAUUGGAAUGAGUGCAGGUAAAUUUACAUAGAUUCUUAAUAAUACUAAAUCUAGAAAUAAUAAAAAUCUAAUAAAAGCUUUGUUGUGAUAUUUAAGAUCAACAAAAUGGCGUUCGAUGAUCAUGCAUGUCGUAAUUAAAAUAGUAAAUACAGGUCACAUUACAGGUGGCUAGCUUAGUAAAUAGAUUGUGGAGCUAGAAUGUUCUUAUGUUUAAUUUUAUUUAAGUGAUCUCAACACGAGUGGAAUGUAUAAAGUUGUUAUUCAGCCGAUCAGUGCUUAAUUGCUCCGUGCGCAUUUGUAAACGAUCGAUGGUAUACAGCUGUGUGUGACAGUUUCGAAUACACCAAUGUGUAAUUCACGCCCGCUUGCGUGUUUUACCCAUUGAAAUCGAAUCAAAUUUGCGCUGAGCCUACACGUGUAUUAUUUCCCAGAAAACUAAUCAUGCGCUUGCUUUGUCUUCGUAAAUUAGGAAUAAGGUUUAACUAAUUUCAUUCCUAAAUGCAUUUAAAAAUCUUCUGUUUCGUAUUACUAAGACUGUUCUUUAUGAUUAUUUUCAAAAUUCAUACGAAACUAUGAAAAUAAAGUAUUUUAAGUGCCAUUAGAAUUUUAAGUCGCAUACAUGACCCCAGUGCGGGGUUGGAACUGUUUAAUACUUCACAGUAUUCCAAUCUUAAAUCACAAAAUAAUGAAUUACAGGAAUGUAAAUAAGAUGGAUGAUCUACUCUUGUCAAAUUGUUGAAGCUCUAGUCAUAUCUGAUUUAUUGGAAUGUGUGAAUUAUAAAUCCGAUGUAGACUUUAUUUACGAAUUUCUUUUAAUAUAUUCCAAGCUCUCGCUCGCUUUUUUAAUGGGCGGCUAUUAUCGAUCAAAUUGCUAAUAUUAGAAAAUAUUGCAAAUUAAGGCAAAAUCUAACAAAAUGAGACUGAUAUUGUAUUUACGUUGAGAUGUUAUGAUGCUUGUAGUUAAAUUGAAUGAGUAACUUGGGAUUUUAAACGCAAAUUCAUAUCAAUAAUUUAAUAUCUAUAAAUGCUUAGUUGACAUAUAUUUGGGAAUAAAUUUCGUUGCAGUAAUUUGACACUGUGUAAAAUAUUUGAAAUCUACGUCCAACCCUAACGUCGCUUGCUUCCGGUGCUAAAUAUAAACAGUGUUAAACAGUGAAACUCAACAUUUGUAAUAAUUAUAUUUGAAUCAAAUCAUGUGAUUGUAAAUAGUUAUAAUGUAAAUAAAUAUAUUGAGAGUAAAUAUGAA